GGUUUUCGAUUAAUCGAGUCUCGAUACUCGCAGCUGGUUGUGUCCGUGUUGAAUAGUAGACAGCAGCUAAGGGACCUCGAACCGAUUCAUUUUUCCUAUUUUCACGGUGUUCUGACAUUGACUUGACAAAUUCGUGUAUCAACGGGAUCAACGAGCCACGCGAAUCACCGACAUUUGAACUCGUGCAGUCGUUAUACAGUGUAUACCUAACCUCGACGAGGACGUUCGGUUCGAGUUACCGACAAAUAUACAUCGGACACAAGCCGAGCUGCGGUUCAUUUUCUGUCUCUCUCCUCUCUGUCUAUCUCUCUCUUAUCCCCGUCUUUCUUUCUGUCUCUCUUCGUUACUUUCCAUCUAUCCUCUCUGUCCUGCUCUACUAUUCUAUUUCGAAGUGUACACCGAGUUGUGCGUAAUACGUAGUAACAACGUAGUUAAAGUAUCGUGGUUAAAGCCGCCGAUAACAAGACCGCUGACUAAAUUUAGUGGUAGUGUCUGUGCGAACUCGAGGAAACACCGAUCUGCUGGGAGGAAGCGGCUGUGGCGAGAUUUUCUGUUACGACGGACGACAGAAGCAAAAUUUCGUGGAUUCGCAGUCUAUGAGCUCCAAGGGCCAAGGGGACCCUGGGGAAGAUCACGCUUCCAGGGUAGGUGCAGAGAGCCCUUGCAGCGACAUGAAGCGUGCAGUUGCUAAGAAGUUGAUUGAACGAUAUUUUUAUCAAUUGACUGAUGGAUGUGGCAAUCCUGAUUGUGACAAUCAAAAUUGUGCAUCAAGUGGCAAAGUAACAAAUCUUACUCCAAAUCAAGCUGCUGCUCAGGCCAUUCAAUUAUUUUCACAAGAAGCAAGGCUCUGCGAUGGCACUCAACCAAGCAAAGUAGCUCGUACAACGUUAGAACCAGGUCCUGCAUCACUGGCUAAGAGUUUGCCAGUUAAAAGUGUUAAUCCGACGUGCUCAGACGAAGGAAAACAGGAUCCAUAUCUUACAGAGGCAAAACUCCUAGACAUAAUAGAAAGAUGUAAAGCAGAGGGAUCAUAUUCGCUGUUAAUUCGUACUCUGGGAGAAGUGUUUUCAUGUGCAAAGGCACUGAGUCUCAGUUUUCAAAAGACUGUGAAAAAUGAUUCUCCACUGGCAGCACUUCUUGACAGAGCAUCGGAUAGUUUGCUUAGGCCACCAGGUGAUAUGGAUAAGGAAGCAAUUCGAUCCAUUCAGGGAGAAGACAAAGAAGAAGACAGCAGUGAACCAUCGCCCACAGUUCCUAACAAUGAUGACACAAGUGUUGAUCUACCGUCUGUUAGGAGAGCAUUCAAUGCUCUCUGGUCCGUGCCAGGUGGUGCCUUUGAGUCUGCUUUGGUCAAUGCACUCGUCACAUUGGCAGACAAUAUUGAAUUAGACUUACGAGUGUUCCGCAUUAUGCCGUGGGAUAAUAUGGACAGUCUAUUGAACGUAUUCCUUAUUGUAUUUGAAAUCCCAAUGUUAGGAAACUGUGAAUAUUUGGAGCUCGCUCUUCACAUGCUCUGUAAAGCUCUCAGUUGUUUCCCAAUCGUUGCACAAGCUAAACUAGCUCGUGUAUGGGCUAAACAUUGUAAAUCACGACUACCAAGUAUUUUACAAGCUCUGCAGGAAUUAAUAACUGUAAAAGUAAUAGGUGGAUCUUUCACGCGGGAUUAUUGUGUCCAAGAUGCAGACACUAUUACAGCUCCUACGAAAGUUAUGAAGAUCUUGUACUACGCGAGUAUGCUCGCGGGUGAACUGGACGAACCUGAAUUACAUCUAGACGAAGAUGGAGAAUCUGCUGGUAUUGAUAAAUCUGGGAGAUCAUCACAAAUUCCUCAGGAUCCACUAGCGAAAGAACUUGGAAUUACAGCACUAGAUGCUCGGAAGCCAUUUAUACCAUUUACAGACUUUUACAAUGAGCCUCUUAGUGACGCUAUAGAAAUGGACAAAGACUUUGCAUACUACAAAAGCGAGGAGCCGAUGAAAUUUAGUUUUAUGAAUUACGCUUUUAUCCUCACACCAGCUACUAAAACGUUAGGCUUGUAUUAUGAUAAUCGUAUCAGAAUGUACAGUGAACGUCGGAUGAGCUUUUUACAGUCAGUGGUCGGUCAACCUACCAAUCCAUAUUUAAAACUAAAGGUGAGAAGAGAUCGUCUUAUUGAUGACGCAUUAGUAGAAUUGGAAAUGAUAGCAAUGGAAAAUCCUUCAGAUCUUAAGAAACAGUUAGUCAUUGAAUUCGAGGGCGAACAAGGAGUCGAUGAGGGCGGUGUUUCCAAAGAAUUCUUUCAAUUAAUUGUAGAAGAAAUUUUUAAUCCUGAUUAUGGCAUGUUCACGACUCAGGAAGACACGCAAAUGACAUGGUUUAAUCCAACAUCGUUUGAAAGUGGUGCACACUUUACGCUGAUAGGUGUUGUUCUUGGCCUAGCGAUAUACAACAAUGUAAUCCUCGACGUGCGUUUCUCUAUGGUUGUAUAUCGAAAGUUGCUCGGUAGGAAAGGUAGUUUUGCCGAUUUAGAAGAUUGGAGCCCUACGUUGUACAGGACAUUGAAGGAAUUGAUGGAAUAUACUGGAGAUGACAUGCCAGAGACAUUCAUGCAGACUUUCAGAGUGGCUUACAAGGAUGUUUUCGGCUCGAUAUCUUUCCACGAUCUCAAAGAAAAUGGUGACGAGCUUUUUGUUACACAAGAGAAUAAGAAGGAAUUUGUAGAUCUCUAUGCGGACUUCUUACUUAAUAAAUCAGUAGAAAGUCAAUUCAAAGCGUUCAGGCGUGGAUUCCAAAUGGUCACAGAUGAGAGUCCACUCGCGUUACUUUUUAGACCUGAAGAAAUUGAACAACUCGUUUGCGGUAGUAAAAUUUUCGAUUUUGCGGAAUUGGAAGCAGCGACAGAAUACGAGGGUGGUUACACGGUGGACAGCGAAGCAAUACGCAAUUUCUGGCGUGUUGCUCACUCAUUGACGCCAGAAAGUCAACGACGAUUGUUACAGUUCACUACCGGAAGCGACAGAGUACCGGUCGGUGGUUUGUCCAGGCUUAAAAUGGUCAUUGCCAGACACGGCCCUGACACCGAUAGACUACCAAUAGCACAUACAUGCUUCAACGUCUUACUGUUGCCAGACUACAGCACAAUAGAAAAAUUGCGGGAUCGUUUGAUGAAAGCGAUCAACUAUUCGAAAGGUUUCGGCAUGUUGUAAACGUGCACAAAGAUCGGUAUCCCCCCCCCCCCUCGUCUUUCAAAAUUUCUGCCGAACAUUCGAUACAUCGGGUUCGUGAGUCCCUUUUAGUCCCGUCAAAUGGACGUAUUUAUUCGAACCUUGUGCGAGCGCGUGAAAAUGUUAACAUGCAAAAUAUCAGUUGAUCCCAUUGAUACCGAGAUUAUACCUCGCAAAAACGACGAUUGUUGUCCUCCAAGAAACGUGUUUUCCCUCGCGUGCACGCGCGCGUGCGUGCGCGCGCGGCAGUGGCGACUGGAAUUGCUGUACAAAAGAGAACGAGGCACACAAAUGAAAAUUUUUCCUAACGCUGUUACACACAUACACCACGAAAUUUCCUCGCACCACUGUUGUAUACGUAAGUGACCCCGACACAGACGAACGCAACCACCUCGACGAGUCAGGCUGCGGUGUCCUUUUGAGCGUAAACCCGUAAAGCUUUCGCUGCUCUUCAAAUCACACGAACAAUUACAGUGGAGAAUAACGUUGGUUUUUCCGUUCCGUUUCUUUUCGUAUCGGCUUCAGAGCUGCUGUGACUCUCUUCUACUCCAUGUUAUUCCCCGGGACAGAGAAAUGAAAACAAACAAAAACGAAUGAAAAGCAACAAUAACGCAGUGCACACAGCUUAAGAUUAAAUAGUGAGAUGCGCGACUGUGAUGAGUGAAAGUGUACCCGAAGACCGGUCCGGUCGAAAUUUGUAGAAAUAUAUAUUUGUAGAUUUAGCGAAUCCUAGCUGAUACGAUGCUACGAAUCAAGCCGAGAAAUACCCCCUUGUACGACGCUCGGCGUUGUAACGCAUGUAUGUACAAAAGAUUGAUUUUGUAAUGGCGACGAAGAAUCUCCAUCCCUGUCUCUCCUUCCUCUCCUCUCCCUCUUCCUUUGCUCCUUCCCCCGCCCCCUUCUUGCUCGUCUCCGCGGGUUUUCCUCCUGUUCCAUUAUUUUACAUUUAUAUGUUACUUUUGUUUCCCCGAUUUCUCUUUACAUCGCGCGGUUGUAGCUCUCGGGUGAACAAAAGAACCAUCAAUUUGUAUAAAACGUUUAUGAGCAGCGGCUUUUCCUACAAACUGCUCCAUGUUUUUCGCCUGUCUGAUUGUUAGUCACGUGACAAUAAAGUUCUAUUGAAUAUAAUAGACUAAGUGCGCAAUUUAUUUUCGCCGAGUGGGAACUCGAGACCGCUGUCCGCGAGCGACGAUGUUUUUCUAUUUGCACUGAAAUUAAAGUGCAUCUCGCGAACAGCGAUGGAAUAGAAGUUGAUGUAGCGGCGCGGCGACUUUGUCCGAUUACCAUGGGACGGCUAAUUCGUUUCGCUCCCAGAGACUUUACAAUUGUUACAUUUGUAUUCGAUGCUAAAUUCACACGAGAAUUGUGUACAUGUAUGUAUGUAUGUAUGUACUUCGUUGUCAGGUGACACACAACGGUGAUAGACAGUCCGACAUGUUCACGUCAUGAUUUGGUGAACGUUUUUUCCUUUCCUCUUCACAUCUGAUCGCACAGAAAUGAAAAUUAACUGACCGUUCUCGUCGUCGUUACGACAGGAUAAAAUUGUAAUCGGUGUUAAAUCGUGUGUCGUUUGGAAACUAGCGUAAUUAUGCGUACCGAGGGUGGUCCAAGCGCGAUCCGAGUAUCCUGUUCGUUAAACACGAAUGAUAUGCAAAGACAGAACAGUUUCGCUUUUGUACCAAAGUCUGAUUAUAGCGAGAGGUGGCAUCUGGAAAAUAAAUGUCUUUUUCAUAAUCAGCAAGUAAA